CAAAGACUAUUUUUAGUGUACAUGAUUGAUGUUUAUUUUAAUGCAGUGGUUCUCAAACUGUGGUACGUGUACGUGGGCUUCCUUCUAGUGACUAAUCAUCAUGUCCGAUGAAGUCAGUGUCUUGUGGGACCUUUUACUCAAACUCGACACAAAUCCUUAUCAGAUAGUAAGAACAAACUGAAUCCUUUCAUGAAGACAAUGUGCUGAGAGAGAAACGGAGAAACUCAGAACUAAAACAGAAGACACUAGAAGUCGUCCAGUUAAACAAGAGAGAAACUAUGGAAAAUCCACAACAGAAAGCCAAACAGAGUAGUUUAGUGCUGGAAUCAAAGCUUGAUGAGCUUAAGAAAAGAGAGAGACAGAGAGAAAUGAAUGAGAACAAUAAAGAAAAGCAACCAGAAAAAGAAACGAUAAAUGUAGCAAAUGAAAAAGAACGAUCAGAAGAUGCUAAAGUAUCCAAUGUUGACAUGAAACACAAAAAAAAAUGUCUUGAGGAGCAAAAUAAGCAAACUAAAGAACCGACUAAAUAUUACUCUAGUUAUCCAAUUAAUGAAAUGAAACUCAUAAAGAAAAACAACAAAUUAAUGAAUAUGCAAAUACAAGAAUGUAAUGUUGACAUGAUACAAAAGGAAAAAUAUAUUGAGAAACUAAACAAGCAAUUCAAAGCUGGAGAUUCAUCUGAUGUAAACACAAAACAUAAACACAAGGCUGCUAAAAAAGAGGAAGAAGGAGAAAAAAUUAAUAUUCCAAUUCAAAUAACUAAUGAUGAUGAAAAUAGAUUGAUUAGACAAAAGGGUGAAAAAGCAACAGAGAUCCUUAAAACAAAGCCUGAAGGUAAUGGAAAAGGUCAUUUACAACACCUGUAUGAUGCUAUAAUGGAUAAAGAUGUUUUGACAGAAGAACCAACUCAAUCUAACUCUAGUGAACCGAUAAAGCUUAAAGAGAAUUAUGGUGAAUUGAUGAAGAUGCAGAAGCAGGAACUGUCCAAUUCCAGAAAACCACAAGAUACACAUUCUCACAGUACUGCUAAAGAAAAUGUGAGUUUAAAAUCAGCAAGCACUGUACAAGUUGAGCAUAUAUAUGAAAUGCCUGAUGUUCAUCUCAAUAGUUCUGCUGAAUACAUUAAUGAAAUGGAAUGUGUGAUUGAGCAAAACAAGCAACUGGGCAACGUCACGCUUCAUGUUGCUGUAACAGGUUCAACUGGAGCAGGAAAAUCCAGCUUCAUCAAUGCAGUAAGAGGUCUUACAUCUGAUGAUGAAAAUGCAGCUCCUACAGGUGUGACUGAGACGACGUUGGUGCCAAUGAUGUACAAACAUCCUACAAUGCCAAAUGUUGAAUUGUGGGAUCUGCCAGGGACUGGAAGUCCUAAAUUUAAAGCCAAGAAAUACCUAAAAGAGGUGAAACUUGAGACCUUCGACUUCUUUAUCAUCAUUUCCUCAGAAAGAUUCAAGGAAAACGACAUCAUGCUGGCUAAUGCGAUUAAAGAGAGGAAGAAGCUGUUUUAUUUCCUCCGCUCAAAGAUCGACAAUGACAUUCAUGCUGAAUCUCAUAGGAAAGACUUUGAUGAGCAGAAAGUGCUCUCACACAUUCGUGAGGACUGUCACAGGAAUCUGAAGGACAUGGAUGACCCACAUGUUUUCCUAAUAUGUUCCUUUGAACUGCACAAAUAUGAUUUUCAGACAUUUGUCGACACAUUGGAGAAGCAGCUGCCUGAUCACAAGAGAGAUGCUUUGAUUUUGUCCUUGCCAAUAUACUCCUCAAAGAUUUUGGAAGAGAAAAUUGAAAUAUUUAUGAAGCAAACCUGGUCGGCAGCUGUUGCUUCUGGCUCUGUGGCUGUGGUUCCAGUGCCUGGUCUUUCCAUGGCCUGUGAUGCUGCCAUUUUGCUGGGUUUCUUCAUCAAGUGUUACUAUGCAUUUGGUCUGGACGAAAAAUCAAUAGAUAAGCUGUCUGUGAGGGUCAACAACCCAUCUCUGAAAGCUAUAAGAAGGUCACCUCUAGUGGUCGCUAUUGGGCAAAAGAAACUCACCAAUAAGGAGCUGUCGGCACUGACUAGCAAAGAGGCAGCUGUUAAGUUUGCAUGGAGCAUGGUUCCUGUUGUAGGGAGUAAAAAAACAGCACAAAUGUCUUACUCUACAACACUGAAACUUCUGCGUACAGGAGUUCAGGAUCUUGCUGAAACAGCCAGAGAAGUGUUGAAAGCUGCAGGAGUGACUGGUGUCUAUUAAAAUAAAACAAAAAAUCUGAACUGCUGUGGUUACAUAUCAUUUUGAUUUCAUGCACAAAGUUAAGUUGACUUUAAAUGCACUUGUGAAUACCAGCCAUAAAAAAGCAUACAAACUAAACCAAUAUAUAGCCAAAAAAAGGAGAGACAUUGUUUCUGAAAUCUUUGGGAUUUUUUUUUUUUUGGUUGAGUUUUGCAUUUUCCUCUGGAAUAUUAUUGGUUUUGUUUUUUCCUCUGCCACUUUAUAUGGCAUUUUACACUGAAAGAAAUGUUUGUGUCUGAUGAAUUUGUUUUAUUAAUACUUUAGCUAAAUAUGUUUCUGUACUAAUGAUAAACGUUACAAAAGACAAAUAAAACAACAUAUUAUUUGA